AUGCAGCCCGUAAGCGUAAUUACUAUACAGCUGUUAUUGACCUACGUCGUCACGACAAGCUUAGCUGUUCCUCUCAAUCUCACCGAGAGUAGCACGACACUCAAGACAGGCUUUGCUCGCUGCUUCGACUCUCACGAUGCUGGACGAUCAAUAGUCAGACCUAACGCAUGUAAAGCCAUUAUAGCAUACCUGUCCUAUCAGCCCCAAUUUCAAGAAAUCAAAGAGUAUACAGACGACAAUCUCCCGGGGCCAUUCGGUUCUCAAGGAUGCUUCGUGGAUAUACGUGUGGUCAGACCUAGGGUUAGCGACCUUUUCUCUUUAGCUCUUGCAGGCUGGGUCGCUGAGAUGAUCAAUAAUCGCUGUUUAUCUGAGAGACUUGAAUUUAACCGUGGAGGCUUUGGGCUUGUUGGUGACCGAAACAAAUUCAUUGUCGAUGUGUACAACUCGCCUCCAGCAGAGAUGCCGGCCAAUUGGACUGAGGUACCCGUGGAGCCGAUCACAGUCUUGUAG